AUGUCGGGUGAACCGAAGGAUGGCAACGGCGAGGGACAACGCAGGGCAGAAGACCUAGCGGGCAGGAAGGAAUUGUCGGAUGGCACGGUGGACUCAGAGGCGUUCACUGGAGAGCAGAAAAUUGAGCUCGAGCAGAUGAUGAAGCAGCAGCUGGCGCAGACGGAGGCCAUGCUGCUGAAGUACCUAGGCAAACACGGCGCGAGCGAGAAGGAAGAGGGUGCUGACCGGCGACCUCGCGAUCCGUGGGAUUCAGACGACCCGUGGAAGGGUCAAAGUCGGUCGGAGAGCCAAGGCGGAGAAAGAAGAGAAUGGUCUCAAGAAGAAUGGGACGAGUGGAAAAAGGCCAAGGGCGGCAGGUACGAGAGCGACUGGAAGGACCAGAAGUGGGAGAAGGGCGACUACACCGAUCCGGAGGCAUUCAUGGGCUGGUCAGACUAUAGAUUGUGGCGUCGCCGAGUGGUCAGAUGGCUCGACCAGACAGACGUACCGCCGAGGAAGAGGCCAGACAAGAUCCUGAAGGUAUUAGACAGGGAUUUGCAGAGAAAAUUCGAAGAUAUUCCAGAUGCAGUGUUGCAGUCGGCUGAAGGGCCGAUGACGAUCAUCAAGCGACUCGACAUUAUGAGCGGGCAACGUAUGGACGACGAGAAAAGAAGAGCGGGCCGAGAAUGCUUGAUGGGAUAUCGACGCAAAGCGGAUGAAACCCUCUCAGUAUACACGGCACGGAUGGACCAGACUUUCGAGAGGCUGAAGGGCCAGGGGCUCGAGUUAGACGACAGCUGGAAAAUAUUAUUUCUUGAAGAAGGCAUAGGACUGGAUGAGAGCGGGAUGCAGAUGCUGAAGGUCAUGAGCCGCGGCUCCACGGACUACGAAGAAGUGAUCGGCGCGGCGAGAGAGAUGGAUGUGACACGCAAUGAGCAUCUCGGCGCCCGGGCGGGCAAGGCCACGGCGGCGACCUACGCACUACAGGAUGAUGACGACGACCUCUGCGAGUACAGCGACGUAUCUUCCAUGACGUCGGAGCAGGAGGCUUUCGUGCUGGAGUCGAUCGCCGAGGCCGACGUAGACGAGCACGAGUUACCAGAGGUGCUGGCGACGUUGGAAAAGGACAGAAAGAAGACGUGGAAGGAGAACCGGGACUACAAAAGGCAGCUUCGAGUGGAUAGAAAAUUCUACCAGACCCCGGGGGGGCCUUCGGGCUCCAGGGCGCCGGCGCCGCCGCCGCCGCACCCGGGGAGACGUGACGGACUACAUCGGAGUGCGAAAGGGAUAGUUCGCGAGCGGAAGAGGAGACUUCCGAUCGAGAAACUAAUGAAGAUCACAAAGUGUCAUCGAUGCCACAAGAAGGGGCACUGGAGCCGAGAAUGUCCCGAGAAGGGGGACUCGACGGGAGCCGCAGCGGGAAGCGGGUUCGUGCUGCUCAAUGAAUCGGAGCCGAGCUACGCGAUCCUGGCCUCGGAGAACAUCAACUCGAUCAACGCGCGCGGGUUGAUUCACCAGGUUGUGGACCGCAUCAGAUCCGAGAAGGUCGAGGCCAUGAGCCUGCUGGUCACAGGCUCAGGGGACAUCGUGGUGGACACGGCGGCGGGCCAGGCGCUGAUCGGGCCGCAGGCGCUGCAGAGGCUGGAGAAGCGUCUCGGCGAGCUGGGCUUCCGAGUGGUUCGGGUCAAGAGCAAGCACCAGUUCGCGAGAGGCGUCGGCGGGAAGACGCAGGUGCAGUCAGGACUCCUGGUCCCCACGGGCAUCGAGGGCAAGACAGGCAUCAUGGAGCUGGACCUGAUCGAGCAAGACGUGCCGGCCCUGAUGCCGAUCAGUAUGCAGGAGCAGAUGAAGGCAGUGAUCGAUCUCCCGAAGGCCGAGAUGACUCUGAGGGCGCUAGGGGUGACCACCAGCUUGAAGCGGCUGUCGAGUGGUCAUCGCACGAUCGCGAUCGACAAGCUCGGCAGCCCAAAGGGUUUUGAGCUUCCGGAGGCUGUCCGGAAGCGUUUCGGACUGCAGGCGUCUGACUUUCGCCUGAGCUCGAGCGAGAGCUACGCGAUGACGGGCUCCACCGCGAGCGACAGUGGCGAGCCGCAGUGCGUCAAGUACUUGCUGACCGGAAACGAGUAUCCGAACGGGCUGUCGGUGGGAGACAAGUUCUGGGCGUACCUCAGCUCCAGGAUCGUGGCCGAUCACCAGCACAAGGGGCUGAAGCUGCUGCACAUGUUCCAGAACGGCCACCAGUGGCCAAUCAAGACCAAGAAGGCGGACAGGUUCUACACGGAGCGCCAGAUGAAGUGCAGUCAUUCCUGGGCACGUCUCAUCAGUUUCGGCAAUUCCCACGGCAGUUGGGAAGUCUGCGGGGACUGCGACAUGAGGGUCUCGUACUUCCAGAAGGCGUCCGUCAUCUACAAGGGGAUGGGCAAGUCGCCUCAGAGCGGCUCGACGGUGCUGAACGUGAGCGACCUCACCAAGCCCCCCGGGGGCAGAGCAUCGGUGAGGAACUCGGUGGAGUGCACGAGGGUCGCUCUCAUGACGACGACGAGCGACCGGGGGCCGACCCAGGGCUCGGAGGAGCCGAUGAGGGUGAAGAAGCGCUCCGAGGAGAUGGUGCAGUAUCGGGCUUUGGAGGCGCCCAUGGAAGUAGACGGCACAGGUCCAGCACGCCCUCGCCAGCACGCCCCUCGUGCGUCGCUGAUCAGCGAGAUCAAGAGCAUGAAAGAAGAGAUGACCAACCAGAAUCACGGCCUGCUCGCCCUGGUGGUGGAGCAGGGAAAAGCCAUUCAGCACAUGCAGGCGGCGCAGCUCGGCAUCCAGGAGAAGCAGGCCAUGAUGGAGAGGCAGAUGGCGAUCGAGGACCAGCCGAAGACGCUGCCGCCGCAGGUGCCGGCCCAGCGGACCAAGCAGUCCCUGAAGGACGGCAGGUGCUCGUACGGCCUGAGUGAGCUGCCCGAGGCGGAGAGCCUCGAUCGGAUUCUAAGCAGCGCCGGAUGGCGAGCGCACGAGACUUUCUUUUUCCAGGACCAUCCCACGGUGAAGGACGGCUUCCAAGAGAGGCGCAGCUUCCACCAGAGGGACAGCUUCCAGGAGGGGUGCAGCUUCCACCAGAGAGACAGCUUCCAGGAGGGGGGCAGCUUCCACCAGACGGACAGCUUCCCCAUCCGGAACGAGAAACUCAGGGACCCUUCGAAGACCGACCUCAGGGAGCAUCCACCCGCUCCCCGGCUUGCCUAG